UAUCUGGCAACCCAGUUUCUCUCACACUGCGGAACUCCCAACACGGGUGGAUUAGAAUUUAUUAGAAAAUAAGACUCUUCACAAAUGCUAGUUACUUAUUCAGUUCACACAUUUUACGGCUUACUAAAUAGUUUACACAUCCAUUAAGCUGAAAAAGAGUGUAAAGCCUGGAUAAUUUAGUCGUUUAGGUGCGGGUUUAAAAUGGUUUAACACCUGCGGUUAGCCACCUAGCAUAAAGUUCAAUUCAAAUGUCGGUAUUUAGAUAGGUAACGUUAGCAAUCAUAUCAAGUCAUGACGGAAACAAGAGAGCAGGUACAGCUAAGGAACAACCCUCGCAGGCAGCUGAAGAAGCUUAGUGAGGACAGUUUGACCAAGCAGCCUGAAGAAGUGUUUGAUAUAUUAGAGAAACUUGGAGAGGGGUCUUAUGGCAGCGUAUUCAAGGCACAUUAUAAAGAGACUGGGGAGAUUGUGGCAAUUAAACAGGUUCCUGUGGAGUCAGACCUACAAGAAAUCAUUAAAGAGAUCUCCAUUAUGCAGCAGUGCAACAGUCCGCAUGUGGUAAGAUAUUAUGGCAGUUACUUUAAGAACAGUGAUCUCUGGAUUGUAAUGGAGUACUGUGGGGCUGGCUCUGUGUCUGACAUUAUCAGACUACGAAACAAAACAUUAAAAGAAGAUGAAAUUGCCGCCAUUAUGCAGUCCACUCUUAAGGGACUGGAAUACUUGCACUUCAUGAGAAAGAUCCACAGAGACAUCAAAGCGGGAAACAUCCUGCUGAACUCUGAAGGACAGGCCAAACUUGCCGACUUUGGUGUUGCUGGACAGCUAACUGACACAAUGGCGAAACGCAACACAGUGAUUGGAACACCGUUUUGGAUGGCUCCAGAGGUCAUUCAGGAAAUUGGCUAUAACUGUGUAGCAGAUAUCUGGUCCCUGGGCAUCACUGCUAUAGAGAUGGCUGAAGGGAAGCCACCAUAUGCAGACAUACACCCUAUGAGGGCAAUAUUCAUGAUUCCAACAAAUCCCCCACCAACAUUUCGUAACCCUGACCAGUGGUCAGAACCUUUCAGGGAUUUUGUGUCACAAUGCCUGAUUAAAAAUCCUGAGAACAGAGCAACAGCGACACAGCUAUUACAGCACCCAUUCAUAAAGAAUGCUAAGUCCAAUAGUGUACUGAGAGCACUCAUUACAGAAGCUAUGGAGUUCAAAUUGAAGAAACAGGAAACUGAACAGAGGGAACAGGACACAGAGGAUGAAGAAAACUCGGAUGAAGAUGAAGUUGAUCAGGGUACAAUGGUGAGGGCCAGUGCAUCAGAUCUAGGAACUGUCCGUGCAGUUGGCUCACUUGGAAGUUCAUUGGGGACCAUGAUAGAGCACAACGACAGCACCUUGGAGUCUCAGCUUGGCACCAUGGUCAUAAACUCAGAGGAUGAAGAGGAGGAUGCAGGCACCAUGAAACAUCAUCAAGAAACAAUGCAGCCAGCUAAUGCAGUUAAACCAUCAUUCCUACAGUAUUUUGAACAGAAAGAGAAGGAGGACAACAAAAACAGUGACAAUGAUGGUCACAAACUGCCCACAGAAUGGGACAUGGAAGUGAUACGUUCCUUAAGUGUAGAGGAGCUAAGAAGUCGGCUGGCCUCUCUGGACCCUCAGAUGGAGCAGGAGAUUGAAGAAAUACACCAGCGCUACGAGGCCAAACGCCAGCCCAUUCUCGAUGCUAUUGAGGCCAAAAAGCGACGUCAACAGAACUUCUGAACCAGCUGAAGAAGCUCUUGAUGAUCCCUCAGCAAUGUUCGACAUUGUCAGUUACCUAUAAUGGUACCUGUGCCAGUCCCAGCUACACUUUUCCCUUUUUUUUAACUUUCAAUUCUGUCUUUGAAUUUGUUGUUUUAUUAUUUUUAAAAUCUGUUGCUGUAUCUCUACACCACUGUUGGUACUAGAUUGGUGUUACUGUGGGCUCAAAAUGCAGGGAACAACCUUUUGUCAUACACUGUUUGACUUACUGCACUUUUUUAAGACUUGUGUUACUUUAGCAUGUAUGUUAUAUGUUUUUGUCUAAAAUAGCUGUGAGUAGCACAAUUCACAAAAUCUAGUAGUCAUAAAACAAGCUAAUAAUUAUUUUGGAUGUUCUUAUUUUUAGUGUCUUAUAAAGCAGGCAACUAUAUAAAAAAGGUUUAUAGAGCUUGUUUGGUUGGUUGGUUGGUUGAUUGGUUGUUUUUCCUCUAACCAACAUAAAAAUAAUACAAACCAUGCAGUGUAUAUCUUUUUGAACACAGCCUCUGCUGUAUUGUCAAAUGACAUUUGCUCAAUAUAGGCACACCCAAGAAUGAUUGUGUGAAUAUGUAACUGGAAUUGUAAAACUAAAACUGGAACGGUAAAUCUGCCAAUUUGGAAAUAGAACUAUUCUACGAUAGUGAUAGAUGUAAAAUCAAACAUGUCUGCAUUUAAAAAAGAGUUGAGUAUUGAACUUCUUUACUAUCCACAGCUCAGUGUUCACAUUCAAGUUGGACAUAGUCUUCUAGCAGUGGCAGCAGUAGUACAUGUUAACAGUGUAGUCACACAGGCAUAAAAAUAAGGCUGCUUUCAGUAAGCAAUUCUUCUUUUUAUAGUUUCCCUGUAAUACAACCACAAAUAGUUUGCUGAUCUGCUGACAGCAGCCAACUCAAUACUACUACUUUUAAAUUCCAUUGUUUAAAAAAAAUAAUAAUAAUUUCACCUGUAGUUUAAGCAUCAACACUGUUUGUAAACACAUUUCCACAACUUCAUGUCUGUUAGAAUAUAUUUGAUAAAAUGGUGUAGUAAUUUAUAAAACAAAGCAUGUGCUGCAUACUGAGCUUUUUGUCAAAUGGUUAAUGUCAGAUCAGGCAAAGAUAAAGUUGGAAAGUUGACUAAAUAAACAAUUUUAUAUAAUAGUUUAUUUUUUGAAAGUUUUUGGAAGCUAGGAGGGCCUGAUAUUUUUGUAGCUGGAGUGUGUUUGUUCCUGCAAAUUAGACUCAGGUUUAAUUGACUCAGGAUAUAUUUGUAUGGCAAUCCAUAGCUACUGUGAAAGACUUUUAUAGUGCUUAUAUACUCCACAAAUCACCCCCCACCCCAUUAUAGUUUUGGAGGAUCAGCUGAAAAGCCUUUCUUCUUUUUGGAGUUUGUUACACACUGGAAUUACAUGACUCUUAAAUAGUUUUAUCAAACCUUUACAGUAGUAAUGCAUGCUGCUGCUUCGUUUUUUUUAAUGCGCAAUGUGAAUACAGAACCAAUGUCAGUACACCUCAUCGGUCCUAACACUGGUCCUGAACAAGGAUUUUGUCUGUGCCUUAAAUUAUGCAAAGUCUAUUUGCAAGUGUUUAAAAGUUGGAUUUGUUUUGUGUGAGAAAAAUAAACUGGAUUCAUUAUAA